AUGAGCACGGGGUCGACGAUGCCAUCAUCGAUCACGCCUGCGCAAGUACUCCAGAACAUUCAAAACAACAUGACAGCGCUGCAACGGCAAUGGACCGUGGUCAAUGCCCAGCCGGACAAUCCCAACAAGGGCACAGCUAUUCAGUACUUGUCAGGGCAGAUGCGGCGUCUCAUGGCCAUGCAAGAGUCGAUUGUAGCUGCGGCGCGUGCGAAUGGCACCGACCUGAACGUGAAUGGGCCGCCACCUGCGCAGAAUGGCGGCAUGCCACCGAUGUCGUUUGCGAUGUCGUCACCUGCGAUGCCGAUGAUGUCGCAGGCCUCGUCGCAAGCCCCAACACCAGCACCGCCAACGCAAGGCGCAGCGAUGAGGAUGCCGUCACCGACGUCGGCGUCCUCGCCAGCGUCCCUACCGCGAUUCCCGCCGUCGAUGAUGCAGGCGCCAUCGACCGAAGAGGCACGACGAGCGCCAUCGCCUACGACGCGCACGACGCCGCAGGCGCCGCAGUCACAGCCACAGCCACAGCCGCCGCAGGCAUCCACAUCGCAACCACCUACGCGUGACUUUACGUCAGUGGUGCACUUGUUUCUGACCCAGCGUGGCAUGGCGUUACCCCCUGACUGGGCCGCGCCGUUUGUGGGCCCGGCCGCAGGGGGCGGCGCGGCGGCGGGGGAGACGCGAUCGGUUGAUCUACAGACGCUCUUUGCCAAGGUUCUGAGCUUGGGCGGCUCAGAUCAAGUGUUUACGAUCCCGAAUGGCUGGGCAAUGGUCGCCCAGCAGCUCGGACUGGCCAUUGGUGGGCCUAGUUCCACGCCGAAUGCCGCGAUCCCUGUGCCGAGCGAGGUGCCUGGACGUCUUGCCGCGUACUAUACGCAGCGCCUAGCGCUCUUUGAAAAGUCAUGGCUGGCCGCGCAACGUCGUGGGCCUGGGGCGGAGGCUGGGAUGCCCGCGGCGCGUGUGCCGCCCAGUGCAGACACGGCGCCGGAGGCCAUGCCACCGCCCUCGCCGACCACAGCGACGCCCACGUCAGGCACGCCUACGCAGCCAUCCACGUCGGCGAAUCCGUUUGCCUCGUUGGAUCCCGCGCAAGUGCAGAUGGCUGUGGGGCAGCAUAUGAGCCAGCUCCAAAAACUCGUGACGACCGGCCAAAUGACGCCGCAAAUGGCCAUGGCACGGUACACAUCGAUUCAGCAGGCGGUCCAGGCGUACCAUGCGGAACGGGCGUCGGCGUCGCCUUCGUCGAUGCCCCCCCCCGUGUCGACGUCCACGGAGCCUGCCCAGCCUUCACCUAGUCCCGGGCCCUCGAUGCCGACGCCGGUCAUGCCUACGAACACGCCGCCCAGCCGGCCAUCGCCUGCGCAGCCGGAGGCGGCACGCCCAGCGGAGGUGCGUCGGCACGAAGAGGUGGUGGCGCCGCCGCCGAUCCAGACGUCAAGCCAGGUCGAGCCAAGUCCCGGACCUGCCGGCGCCGCCGCGCCCGUGCCAGUGCCAGCGCCCGCCGCCACAGGACCGCCGCCGUCGUCGGCGGCACCAGCAGCGCCGGCCAAGUACAAAAUUACGUACAUCCCGAUGCACUUGGACGUAACGACGCAGGGCGGACGAGAUUUGGACCGCCUGGACCGCGAAUUGGCGCCGCGUCUCGCUGCGCGCGCGCGCCUUCGGACGGUGGCAGAGCUCGGGACAGUCGACGUGUACGGCCUGAUUAUGUCUUUGCGGUCCGGCUUGUCGUCCGAGAUCGCGUACGCGCUCAAUGUGCUCCUGAUUCUCUCAGCUGGCGUGGGCGCGCCCAGCUCGUUCCAGCUGGCACUGGCGCCCUGCGAUCCGCUGCUCGAUGCGUUGCUGGAUGUGCUGGCAUCGCAGCUGCCGCUCCUGGCGCCGCCCGUCGACGUAGCGUGGACAUCGCUGCGGUAUGCGGAUGCGAUUGAGCUUGCGCUGCACGACGAAGGCCAACUACGUACGUUUGUACGCCGCAGCGCCUCGGCAGCGAAAGAGCGGGAGGCCGAGCGGUGUGCGUCGAUGGUGCAGACGAUUCUUACGAUCCUGCGCAACGUGGCUACGAUGCCGGACAACACGACGUACCUCGCGACACAUACACGAUGUGUGUCGAUGCUCAUGCAGAUCGCCUACGCGGCUCUCCACGAUGCGCGUUGGGACGGCCACAACGGUUCGUCGGCGGCGCUCGCAGCGCUCACCUUGCGCGAAGUGCUGCACAGCCUGAAGGAUGUGCUUACCAUGGUCCUUGGCCUGGUCGGCCCCACGCUGGAUCUUUCGCAGCAUGCGCCGGAGGUCACAACGACGAUGCUCGAUAUGCUGCGCUUCUUUCUCCUUGACGCGGCCGAGUGGGAACGACGUGAAGGCGCCUCGCCGCAUGUGCUCGAACGCCUCGCUGCGACGACGCCCAGUGCACAGGCCCUGCUGUUCCAAGUGCCGCACCAUACCCGCCUCGCGCUGCAAGUGCUCUCGUGCCUGGCCUUGCCGGACCCGAAUCGCGAGACGCUAGCACAGCGUACGCCCGCACCGGUGCUCCUGGAGCUCGCCGAGCACUUGGUCCAUCUCCUGCCUGUGCACGUCCCUGAUUUCCGGCGGCUCACAAGUGUCACGCGCUUGGAGUACACGGAAACCGCGGCGUUUUGUUUGUACCAUGUCGUGUACUUGGCCCCACCGAGCGUCAAGGCCGACAUUCGCGCGCUGCCAGGCGUCCCAGGGAUCUUGUUCCGCGCCGCCAAGCACUUGCUGCAAAGUGCUUCGGACUAUACCACGAACCCCUACGGCUUGCUAUGUCGUCGACUCAUCGAGACGCUGCGCACGCUGCAAGAGGGCAAGGAUGUGCUCAGCGAGCCGCCGCUUCUUGGCAUGUACUGGCCGCCGGACGAAGGCAGUGUCGCCAAGACGGCCAGCGACGCCGUGCCCAUGUCGCUGGCGCUCGGCCCACACGAGGCAGAGGCCAUCAUGGAAUGGCUCGCCCGCACAGCCAACGUCGAUACGGGCCUCGCGUCGGACCUCUUGGCGUUGGUACGUGCUUGA